AUGGCAAAGCGGCAGGCCACCCUCCUUGGCUGGUCCAAAGUCUCCAAAAAGCGGACCACAAUCACAGCGAAGCAGGUAGUUCUCAAAAUUGAGGACACGUCGCCAGCGAAAUCACCCAAAGCCUCUGAUUCUGACAGCGAAUAUGAGCCAGACUUCAAGUUCUCAGCAAAAUCUACCACCAAGAGAAAUGUCGCGAACCUGCGAAGAAGAAAGCAACUCCCAGUUCCGCGGAUCCCAGGUGUGAUUACGCUACCGAUUUCAAGUCAUCUGCUUGCCAAACUCGCGAGGAAAAAUGCGAGGAAGGAAGCAAAAGCGGUCUAUGGCAAGCAAAAGCCAACAAACAAGGCCAGGUUUGUUUUUGGAAGGGACUUGAUUGGUUAUUACCAAUUUCCCACUGUCGCUCAGAUCAAUGAGGUGACCCACCUUUUGGAGCAUGAAAGAGAGCUGGAACUUCAAAAGCCACAAAAAACCGCGGCUCUAGUUGAACCCAUUCACGGAGGCAAGACACUCGACAUUGAUGCUAUUGUCCGCGUCAUCAUUUCACAGGCUUGCACCAAUGAGAGUGCAUUGGAUGUCCAGCAAACAAUGAUCCGCGGCUAUCCUUACGACAUCAAUGGCACCAAAACCUUUGGAAAGGUUCCUAAUUACGCCCUGAUGCGAGUCCAAAGCAUCGAAAAGCUCGAGAAGUGUCUGUCCAAAGGCGGACUUUUUCGCAUCAAAGCAAAGGCGAUCAAAGCCUGCCUUGACGUCAUCUAUGCCAGAAACCUUUCGCUCCUUGAGAACAACUCUGACCCUGACACUGGCGGGCUGUCGGAGUCCAGACCCACCCCACAGGACUCAGGCGCGGAUCUGUUGUCUUUGGCAUUUCUCAACGACGUGUAUGCGACUCAGGGGAAGCAAGCAGUCUUUGAUUAUCUGGUCAAUCUACCGGUAGUCGGCGUCAAGACCGCAUGCUGUUUGAUGAGCUUCCGCAUGAACAUUCCCGUGUUUGCUGUCGACACACAUGUAGCAAAUAUGGUGCAUUCGCUUGGCUAG